AUGCUUCUCAUCCUCUUCCUCGUCGCAGUAGCGGCAUCUUCUCCCAUUCAUAAUGCCUUCACCACCCCCAUUGUCCAUACCAACUAUGGUGACAUUCUGGGCACAACAUCCCCCUACCGUCCCAGUAUCAAAGUCUUCAAAGGCAUUCCCUACGCGGCACCUCCCACCGGCGAACUCCGCUGGAAGCCCCCGGUCAAGCCCCAGUCAUGGAGCGGCACCUACAAUGCAACAGAGUUUAGCGCCCAAUGCCCCCAGGCCCUAAACAUGGGCACCGGCCUAUGGACGACCGGCUCAACCGAUCAAAGCGAAGACUGUCUCUACAUGAACAUCUGGACCCCUACCACCACACCUUCCACUCCACUCCCCGUCUAUAUCUGGGCCUACGGCGGCCGCUUCGUUGACGGCUCCGGCGACGUCGUAACCUACGACGGCAGCGGCCUCGCCUCGCAAGAUAUCAUAACCAUCACCUUCAACUUUCGUCUGGGUCCUCUUGGCUUUCUCGCCCACCCUCUCCUCUCCGCCGAAUCCCCUCAUAACAGCUCCGGCAACUACGGCAUCCUCGACAUCAUCGCCGCCCUGAAAUGGGUACAAGCCAACAUUGCCUCGUUCGGCGGUGAUCCUGCCCGCGUUACCGUCGGCGGCCAAUCCUCCGGCUCGUCCUGCUCCCUCGACAUGAUGUACUCCCCUCUCGCCGACGGCCUAGCAUCAGGAAUCAUUGCCGAAAGCGGUGCGCGAUCUCCUCGAGACCCCCUCACAGGCAGCCUGGCAACAAGCUACCGUCAAAAAGACGAAGCCGAAUCCUCCGGCCUCUCCGUGAUGACCUCGCUCAACGCAUCAACCCUCUCCGAAAUGCGUGCCCUCUCCGUCUCAACCCUCCUAACAACUGACCUCCUCAACGCCACCAUUUUCGACAACACCAACUACCAAAACGUCAGCACCUUCAUGGAAGCUCCAGAAUGGCGCCCUGUCCUAGACGGCUACGUCCUCCCACACACCUACGCCUCCACCCUCUCAAACAACACCCACCCCAACAUCCCCAUCCUAACCGGCAAUAACAAAGACGAGUCCGGCGCCGCUACAGACCCAGGCUUCACACUCUCCACUUUCCGCUCCAACUUCUCCACCAUGUUCGCGCCUUUCCCCCAUCUCGCGGAAGAAUUCUUCUCCCUCUACCCCGCCAACGACACAGAAUCAACUACCCCAGCCAAUAAUGCCUUCUGGGCAGACCUAGGCAGAGUAAGUACCUGGUCCUGGGCCCUAGAUUGGUACGCUGGCGGCGCUACAGCCCCCGUGUACACGUAUUUCUGGGACCAUGCGCCGCCGGGACAGAGUCUGGGUGCGUUCCAUGGGAGUGAGAUGUACUAUGUCUUUGGGAACUUGCCGUAUAACUACCCGGAUAUGCCGUGGACGGAGCGGGACUUUGAGAUUGAGAGGGUGAUGGUGGCGUAUUGGGCGAAUUUUAUCAAGUAUGGGAAUCCGAAUGGGGAGGGGUUGGUGAGGUGGGAGCCUAGUGGGGAGGGAAAGGAGACGAUGUAUUUGGGGGAUGAAUUUGGAAAGGGUAGGUUGACGGAUGGGGAGGAGAGAAGAGAGUUGAUGUUGCAGUGGCUGGCGGAGUCGGAGGUUUGGUGA